GGGUGGGCGGGGCGACGAGGAGCCCGGAGUACGUGUUGGAGUGCGAAAGAUUGAUUCCGAACUGCAUGUACACGUGGUGGUGGAAGCAACGACGUAGAUUUGAGUAAAGUAGGUAGGGACAUGUCUUCAGUACCGUGUGUGUUUAGGGGGGCGGGGGAUUCCGAGCUGAUUUGGUCCCUUGCAAUGCUGAAACCAAACCUACGCCUUGGGUGAAAUUCACAGAUUUAGGUAUUAAUAGAUGAAAACAGCUGUCUGAUAGACGUGCAGACACGUUGUUUUCCGCGUGUAUCGAACCCAUGAGGAACCGGACGGGGAGACGCGCUAGGAGGAAGCGGAGAAGGCUGAAGUCCGGGCAGGAUCCCACCCGAGCAGUGAGCUUGUGUCAUAAAUCUCAGUACGUGGAACUGAGGAGAUGGCUUAAGGAGCGUGGAUUCUCCUCCAGAUCCCUGGUUCCUGCGCUAUUCUCAGAUACUGGAAGAGGGCUGAUGACUAUGAAGCCUGUUCAGGCUGGUGAUGUACUUAUCUCCUUGCCCGAGACGUGUCUUUUAACCACCACGACUGUUCUCAGUAGCUCUAUUGGUGAAUACAUCAGAAGGUGGAAACCACCUCUCUCCCCACUUCUGGCCAUCUGUGUGUUUCUCAUCUCUGAGAGGCAUUUGGGCUCGCAGUCACGGUGGAAACCCUACAUCGACGUCCUGCCCAAAUCAUACACGUGUCCUGCCUACUUCUCAGACAGCGUCGUCAGCCUGCUGCCUGGUGUUCUCAGGAAGAAGGCCUUGAAUCAGAGGGAUGCAGUUCUGGAGAUGCACUGCUCUUCACGGGGUUUUACCCACACCCUCCAGCCCCUCUUUGCACAGCCUGUGGAGGACAUAUUCACCUGCGAUGCCAUUCGCUGGGCAUGGUGCACGGUCAACUCCCGAACCGUGUAUGUGCAGCGGUGCCAGAGUCCCUUCCUCUCCGGGGAUCCCGAUGUGUACGCAAUGGCUCCGUACCUCGACUUACUUAAUCAUAGUCCUGUUGUUCAGGUGGAGGCCGGGUUCAAUCAAGCGACAAGCUGUUAUGAAAUCCGCAGUACACUGGGCUGCAAGAGAUUCACUCAAGCCUUCAUCUGCUAUGGUGCCCAUGACAGCCAGCGCCUCCUGCUGGAGUAUGGGUUUGUGGCGCCAAACAACCCUCACCGUGUGGUCUACGUAGACCCAGACCUCCUGCAGAAGUUCAUCACUGGGACGGACAAACAGUUUUCACAUAAACUGCUUUACCUGAAGGAUCAUCACUUCCUGGAAAACCUGACCUUUGGGGUGGAAGGCCCAUCCUGGAAGUUAAUGACAACGCUUCGACUGCUGUCCCUGGGACCAGAGCAAUAUGCAUCCUGGAAGACUGUCCUCUUGGGGGCAGCGGUGAGUCAAGAUUGUGAGGAAAGGAGCGUCCAUCUGGCCAGGAUCUUAUGCCAGCACCUCAUGGAGGAGAACGCAGAUGCUCUUGAGAGGCUUUCCCUCAUGAAGGUGGAUGCAGAUCUCUCUCUCACAGAGCAGCUGUCUGUGGUGGAAAGCCUCAGACGUGAGGAGCAGAAGAUUCUAGGAUAUUCAUUCGAAGUUCUUCGGGAUAUUCAUAUUCAACCCAUUUUACCUCAACUGAUGGAAAAAGUGAUACUUCUGAAGAUACCUCACUCAAAAUGUGAAGUAGGAACACCCAAGAUGGCAGCGAUUGUGCUCCGAAUAGGAAUAUGACAACGUUCUGAAAGAAAUAGUUUUCUGUAUUGGCCA